AUGAGUCGCUGCUGGACAGAAGAGGCUCGGAGAGAAGAGGCUCGGAGAGAAGAGGCUCGGACAGAAGAGGCUCGGAGAGAAGAGGCUCGGACAGAAGAGGCUCGGACAGAAGAGGCUCGGAGAGAAGAGGCUCGGAGAGAAGAGGCUCGGAGAGAAGAGGCUCGGACAGAAGAGGCUCGGAGAGAAGAGGCUCGGAGAGAAGAGGCUCGGACAGAAGAGGCUCGGACAGAAGAGGCUCGGACAGAAGAGGCUCGGACAGAAGAGGCUCGGACAGAAGAGGCUCGGACAGAAGAGGCUCGGAGAGAAGAGGCUCGGAGAGAAGAGGCUCGGACAGAAGAGGCUCGGACAGAAGAGGCUCGGACAGAAGAGGCUCGGAGAGAAGAGGCUCGGACAGAAGAGGCUCGGACAGAAGAGGCUCGGACAGAAGAGGCUCGGACAGAAGAGGCUCGGACAGAAGAGGCUCGGACAGAAGAGGCUCGGAGAGAAGAGGCUCGGUCGGACAGAAGAGGCUCGGUCGGACAGAAGAGGCUCGGAGAGAAGAGGCUCGGAGAGAAGAGGCUCGGAGAGAAGAGGCUCGGACAGAAUAGGCUCGGACAGAAGAGGCUCGGAGAGAAGAGGCUCGGUCGGACAGAAGAGGCUCGGUCGGACAGAAGAGGCUCGGAGAGAAGAGGCUCGGACAGAAGAGGCUCGGUCGGACAGAAGAGGCUCGGAGAGAAGAGGCUCGGAGAGAAGAGGCUCGGACAGAAGAGGCUCGGAGAGAAGAGGCUCGCAGAGAAGAGGCUCGGAGAGAAGAGGCUCGGAGAGAAGAGGCUCGGAGAGAAGAGGCUCGCAGAGAAGAGGCUCGGAGAGAAGAGGCUCAGAGAGAAGAGGCUCGGACAGAAGAGGCUCGGAGAGAAGAGGCUCGGACAGAAGAGGCUCGGAGAGAAGAGGCUCGCAGAGAAGAGGCUCGGACAGAAGAGGCUCGGAGAGAAGAGGCUCGGAGAGAAGAGGCUCGCAGAGAAGAGGCUCGGACAGAAGAGGCUCGGAGAGAAGAGGCUCGGAGAGAAGAGGCUCGGAGAGAAGAGGCUCGCAGAGAAGAGGCUCGGACAGAAGAGGCUCGGAGAGAAGAGGCUCGGAGAGAAGAGGCUCGCAGAGAAGAGGCUCGGAGAGAAGAGGCUCAGAGAGAAGAGGCUCGGACAGAAGAGGCUCGGAGAGAAGAGGCUCGGACAGAAGAGGCUCGGAGAGAAGAGGCUCGCAGAGAAGAGGCUCGGACAGAAGAGGCUCGGAGAGAAGAGGCUCGGAGAGAAGAGGCUCGCAGAGAAGAGGCUCGGACAGAAGAGGCUCGGAGAGAAGAGGCUCGGAGAGAAGAGGCUCGGAGAGAAGAGGCUCGCAGAGAAGAGGCUCGGACAGAAGAGGCUCGGAGAGAAGAGGCUCGGAGAGAACGGGUGA